CCCCAUUCGUUUGUAAGCUGCAAACACUCCCAUUAAGAAAGUGUGUUGCCAUAUCUCCUUCCCAUCCAGACUCUCCAACUUCUCGACUUGAAUCCCUCUUUACCCUGAUAAAAACCAGACGAUAGGGGAAGUUUCCGGCAAUUUCUAGGGUUUGUAUACCGGUAAAAAUGGGCACUUUCGUUCUCUCACUCGGACCCAAGAUAACUCCAUCACCAUUUCCGUACAGAACCAGAACCUUGCCCCCAAUUUCCACCGGAACUCGUUUCGGAAUUCUUCCCACUCACAAGCCCUUUCUGCGGGGCACGCUGGGUGUGACCCGGUUCGGGCUCGGUCAUGGUCCGUUUCCCGACCCGGAAGUUUCCGCUUCAAUCAUGAAGAACAUGUAUGAUCGAGUUGAGGGGUUUCUGUAUACCGUCGCUGAUGCUGCGGUUUCGGGUUCCCCGGAUAUGGUUACUGCUGCUAAUUCUGCAGAGACGGCUAAGCAGAACAGUGACUGGCUUUCUGGAAUUACCAAUACGAUGGAGACUGUUUUGAAGGUGCUGAAGGAUGGCCUCUCUACUGUUCAUGUUCCCUAUGCUUAUGGUUUUGCAAUUAUACUUCUUACUAUACUAGUAAAGACUGCAACUUUCCCUCUGACAAAGAAGCAGGUGGAAUCAGCAAUGGCAAUGAAAUCUUUGGCUCCACAAAUAAAGGCUAUACAGGAACGUUAUGCCGGUGAUCAGGAGAGAAUUCAACUUGAAACUGCCCGCAUAUAUAAAUUGGCUGGCAUAAACCCAUUGGCAGGGUGUCUACCAACACUUGCUACUAUUCCUAUAUGGAUUGGGCUGUACAGAGCCCUUUCUAACGUGGCCAACGAGGGACUUCUUACUGAAGGCUUCUUCUGGAUACCCUCCCUUGCUGGUCCGACAGCAAUUGCUUCUCGUCAAAUUGGAAGUGGCACCGCUUGGCUUUUUCCUUUUGUUGAUGGUCAACCUCCUCUUGGGUGGUCAGAUACUCUGGCUUAUCUUGUCUUGCCUGUGCUGUUGAUUAUCUCCCAAUAUGUUUCCAUCCAAAUCAUGCAGCCAUCACAGAGCAAUGAUCCAAACCUGAAGAGCUCUCAAGUCAUCACCAAUUUUCUACCCUUGUUGAUUGGUUAUUUUUCCCUUUCAGUACCUUCUGGUCUUAGCCUGUAUUGGCUCACAAACAACAUACUUAGCACUGGCCAACAGAUCUGGCUUCAGAAGUUGGGGGGUGCAAAAAAUCCUAUAAAGGAAUUAAUGGAUGAUGCUAUUAGUAAAGAGCAACCCAAAAUAAUGGAUUCUCUAUCUGAACCACCCACCACUCCAAAGAAAGAAGAAACGACCACUUCAGCAGGGCCUCGUCCUGGAGAAAGGUUUAGGCAAUUAAAGGAAGAGGAAGCAAGACUAAAACGGAAAAGAGAAGAAGCCAAACGAAUAGCUGAAGAGGCAGCCGAAUCACAGAGAGGUAAUAGUAAUCUGUUGGCAUUAGAAAACAAAGACAUGUCUGAUUUAGCCGAGCAAGGAGUAAAUGGUCAUGCUGUAUCACUAUCACAUAGUGGAGAUUCAUUGCCUGACGAUGACGACUUAUUUCAUUCUGAAAAUCCCAAAAGUGUGAAUGGUGAAAAAACCACUCUCACAACUAAGGGUGAUGAUGAUCAAAGCUCUAGUGAACAUAGCACCCGGACAGAGCAGCAUCUUCAUGAAACUAGCAAAAAGGGGGAAGAUGCUGUGGCAGAGAUCACUGAUAAUGAACAGCCCGUCAAAGCACUUGACGAGCUCUUGUAAAACCAUCAAUGGGUUCAAGCCGAUGGGUUUGAUAUUUGCACCGGCAUUAUUCGCCAGGUUUGACAUUUAGUUGCAGCUGGUAUGAAGAGUCUACACAAGCUAGUAGGGCCCAUGGUGCAAUUUUUGAGGCAGAUGUGUAAAUAUUACAGUAAUUGUUGUAAUAGACAAAUGUUGAGUUAGAUGUGAUCAUAUGAGGCAGGCUACUGGUAAUUGUAGUUUCUUGUUCUGAUGGGGAAUAAACAUCCAAAAUCCACAUUAGGUGUUGUUCUAUGAUGGUUGUUUGAAUGAGUGAGAUAUAUUUUCAUGCACUCUUUGGGCCAAGAAAAGGGCAUCACUUUA